AUUUAAUUUAUACACAAUGUCUUAAAUAUAUAAAAACGGUUUUAGUAAUUUGUAGUAAAUAUUAAAAAAGGAGUACAUUUUGAAAUCUAUUCUCAUUUGCCGCAAAACACAGAAAUAAGUGAGCAUUCACCGACAGUGUAGCUGAAGACGAUGAUCACAGCCCUCCUUCUCCCACCAUAAUUACCAUUUUACCGUUGUUACCUUUCUCCAUUCAAUUUCCUUCUUCAAUGGCGUCGACCUACUGAAUCCCUCCCAAUUUAUUAUGUCCUCCCACCCACCCAAUCUCGCUUGCUGUGGGGCAUUCUCCAUUUAAUCGUUUCGGCCCCUCUCCACCUCUGCUCGCAGAUGCUGAUUGUUGUCGCCACGCCAACUCUUGGGAUAUUUUUUCGAUGAUUUUAUUCUUCCAAUUCCAUCUCCUGCCCCACCUCGCGAUUCUUCCUCUGCCACUGUCGGUGCUGCCUCGUUGAUUUAUUCUGAUUUUCGCUUGCGAACUCAAAUGGACUGCUUCUCCUCUCCUCCUCCUCGUCCUCCUCCGCCGCUGCUCGCUGCUGCAUCGCCUCUUUGCAGCCCGGGCCACGUGCUCAACAUGUCGUCGUCCAGGCCUUCCCACCAUAUGAAUCGCACUUCAUCAGAUUUGGUGAAAGAAAUCACUACACUCGAUGUUGAAAUAGUGCGUUUGGAACAGUAUCUUCUUUCUCUCUAUCGUACAUCUUUCCAGAAAACUAUCCCAAGUAAUCCGGGAUACCAACAAAUGACUGGAGUACAGCCAUGUGUUACUUCUGAUCAAUCAUCCCAGAGAACAAAGUCAGAAAUGUCCAAAGACUGUUAUGAACAUCAAGGAUAUUUAUCCCCCACUAGUGCCUUAACUGGACCAAAUGAUAUGGUUCCGUUUACUACUCCAAAGACAUCAUCUGAAAGGGAAAGGAAGAGUGUUUAUCGUACAUCUCUCCAGAAAACUAUCCCAAGUAAUCCGGGAGACCAACAAAUGACUGGAAUACAGCCACGUGUUUCAUCUGAUCAAUCAUCACAGAGAACGAAAGAUUAUUAUGAACAUCAAGGAUAUUUAUCCCCCACUAGUGCCUUAACUGGACCAAAUGAUAUGGUUCCGUUUACUACUCCAAAGUCAUCAUCUGAAAGGGAAAGGAAGAGUGUUGUUUAUUUUAGACGACGUUGUCUUGCAGACCAUCUUGGUAAUUUUUGCGUUGAUGAUGCCUGCAUUUUCCCGGACAAGCUAUCUGAAGGUAUCUUAAGGUGUAUAUCUGCCAUUUACUGCAAACUGGGCAGCUCCACACGAAGUCAUAAAGGGUAUUCAGUUUCUUCCAAUUCAUCAUUCUGGUCCUCAAGCACUUUUUCUCCCAGAAACUUAUCUGGCAAUUGGAGUCCUCAGUGUAAUGAUGAAGUUUCUGAGAGUUACACGAUUGAAGGUCUGAAACAAGAUAAUGGACCUUAUGCUGCAAUGGUUGAAGUCCUGAACAUAUGCUUAGAUGGCGAGAGUUACAGUCACGCUGCCAUAAUGCUUCAGAAGUUCAGGUCUCUAGUCAAAAGUCUUGAGAAUCUUGAUCCGAGGAAGAUGAGGCGCGAACAGAAGCUUGCCUUUUGGAUUAAUAUUCACAAUGCAUUGACGAUGCAUGCUCAUUUAGCAUAUGAAACUCAAACCUAUACAAAGAGCACUGCCAUCACAAAGGCUGUGUAUAAUGUGGGUGGGCAUUGCAUUAACGCUUACGACAUACAAAGCUCCAUUUUGGGAAUAAAAUCUCACUAUUCUGCUCCGUGGCUUCAGACACUUCUCUCUCCGGGGAGGAAAUUCAGAGCUGGGAUCUCAAGACAUGUCUAUGCUAUUGACUAUCCCGAACCUCUGGUUCAUUUCGCACUUAGCUCAGGAGCACGCUCUGACCCUGCGAUUCGCAUUUACAAUGCAAAGAGUAUAUUUGAGGAUCUGAAUAUUGCCAAAGAAGAGUUCAUACAAGCUACAGCAUAUGUCCAUAAGCAGAAAAGGCUGUACCUGCCAAAAAUCUUGCACUAUUAUGCCAAGGAUAUGUCACUUGGCAUGUCUGCACUUCUGAAAGUUGUUGGUGACUGCCUACCUGAAUAUCAGCAGAAGGUGGUCGACAGAUUUGCAAAGAGUCGACCUGAAAAGUGCGUAUGUUGGCUAGAGGAAAGCUCGUCUUUUCGGUAUUUGAUCCAUAAGGAAGUAACUGAAAUGGCAUGGGGAUGAUUUCAUCAGUUUUUAAAGAUUAUUAUGAUGUUUUGGUUUGCAUUUUUGGAGGUUUUGUGUACAGUGAGAUUGUCAAAGUGUGACUAAGAUUUUAUUGGCUUUUUUAUAGAGAGAAAAAAAAUCUCCUCUGCUUGAGAGGUUUAGUACUUUUGUUUACAGUGCUAUGAGGUUGAAAUGAAUUGUGGAGUAUAAACUAGUCCUUUUCUUUCAGUUAUACUCCAUAUGGUUUGUGGAAUUGUAUGACCUCAACUUUAUUUGCAUUAGUUCCAUCAAUAUUUAGUUGAUUAUA